AUCAAAUGUCAUCGCGUUUUACUAACAAUGUCAGCCCGGAUGAAGCCUUAAUAAAAAUGUAAAGUAACGAGUGAAUUUAAUAAAAUGGCAACGCAAAAGCCGACUCUAUGGGCUGACCAUUUAAUAAAUCGGUUUGGGGAUCAGUUGCCAUACCGAAUUGGUCCUCAAACAACACACGCAAGCAUAAAUCAAGAACAGAACAAGAAUUGUAUUAUACAAAUUUCCAAAUUUCGUUUUUCUCUAGUCUUAGAUGGUUUUGUGAAAGUUCUCAAAAAGGUCAAUGAGACGUAUGACAAAAAUCAAAAACAUGGAUCUGAGCAAGAAAAGAAUUAUUUUGAUAGUUUAUUUAUAGUGUUAGAAACUCUAGAAAAAUGUUUUAGUAUUCAACCCAAAGACUCGAUUACGUUGACAAUGGAAGAAAGUCAAAAUUUAAAAAUUUUAUUAAAAGAAAUUUGCGGAUAUCUAUUAGUUAAAGAUGUUUUUCCUGAAAAUAAUCCAAAUACGCAUGCAGUGAGAUUACUAGCAAGUAAAGUACUUUUUGCUUUAUCAGUAAAUUUUUUUAACGUAGUAUUUACGAGAAUAACAUCAAAAUUACAAGAAUGUGCUUCAUCACCAGAAGAAAUUACGGAUUUAAGUGAAAUUGAACUAAUCCAGCACAUUAAUGUGGAUGUAAAUCGUCUUUCUAAACUUUUAUGGGAAGGAGUGACCAAAUUUAAGCAACUGAGGAAAAAUGCCCAGCAGUUGUAUGUAAACUCAUUAGAGAAAGCUGUAUGGAAUUGGAUUGAAACAUAUCCAUAUGAAUUUGCUGAAUAUCAGAAAAAUCCUGAUGAAGAAUUAAUGAGAAAUGCUGAUCAGUUUUUUGAUAUCGUGGAAUCUGUUACUGACAAUAAAAAAAUUAAACCAAAUAUGUGGUCCUUGCAAAUGAUGUUACUAAUAUUGGCGCCUAAAGUAUUAGAGGAAAUAGUAAAUGCUGAUACGGGAGCACCAUGCUCUCCAAGACAUGUAAGAAAAAAGGCUUAUAUCGACAAUAUUAAGAAAUGUCUUGGACCACACAGUAACAGCAAACAAUCAACUGAAGCAGCAGCGGUUGCUUGCGUAAAACUUUGCAAAGCAUCGACAUAUAUAAAUAUUUUAGAUUCAAAUAAUAAAGCUUUUGUUCUUGUUCAGAACAUCAUUCACGAUUUAAAGAAUUUUUUAUUCAACCCUAACAAGCCCUACUCGAGAGGCCAAACUGUUUUAUAUCAAGACAUGGAUAUAAUGAUUGAUUGUUUUGUAUCAGUAUUUCGCAUAAAGCCGCAUGACAAUGAAGCCCUUAAAGUUUGCCUAACUGUAACUUCACCACCAACAUACCAUUUUGUAUUAAUUAGAUCGCUGUAUAAAAUAGUUACUCAACCAAAAUUAUUGUGGUGGCCUACAAUAGACUUGGUUUACUCCAAAUCGUCUGAGCUUAGAACCAUGUUCUCUGACAUAUUGAAUAAAGUUUCACAAGGCUAUAGUCAACAUACUCCUCUAAGAAUGAUCUCAAAAACACUUAAAGGUACUAAAGAUACGCAAAUGAAAUAUAGAGAUAGAUCUGAAGAGGUUCCGGGCUACAGGAAUUUACUGCUCUACAUGGUUCGGUUGAUUCACGCCGACCCAAUGUUGCUCUUAAACCAUCACGGCAAGGCAGGUCACGAGAUUCAGAGUUGUACACUAGACUUGAUUAAUGGCCUUGUGUCAUUGGUUCAUCUCCAAAAUAUGCCAGAAGUAGCACAGGAAGCUAUGGAUGCAUUGCUUGUUCUUCAUCAUCCAGAAAAAAUUGAGAUGUGGAAUCCAGAGGCGCCAAUAAAUACUUUUUGGGAUGUAGGUUCUCAGGUUCUUAAUCAGAUUUCAACCAAAUUAAUUCAACACCAAUAUGCUAACUAUACCGAUAUUCUUAAAUGGUUGAGAGAAAUUCUUAUAUGUAGAAAUGCAUUUCUAACAAAACACAAGGAAUAUGCUACUUUGGGCAGCUCAAUAUCCACAUCACAACAAGCUCAUGUUAAGCUAGAGGUCGUGUAUUACAUGUAUCUUUGGAGUAUAGAUAUUGAUGCAGUUUUGGUGGCAAUGAGCUGUUUUGCCCUAUUAUGUCAAGAAGCAGAAAUUCUUUGCUUAUCGGAGGAAAUUACCGUAACCACAUUAGUACCAAAUUAUCAUGUUUAUUUAGAACUUGCCCAAGCGUCAACAAUUUUGACCUCCGCUGCUGGAGAUUCCAAAAUAUGUUUUCCAGAUUACGUGGCUGGUCGCUAUGCCUUGCAAAAGAAAAUAAUGGCGUUGUUGAGAAAAAUAGAACAUUGUAUUAAUGGUGUUUAUCCAGCGUGGGAAGAAACAUUUCGAAUCUGGACUAGUUCAUACAAGAGUAUAUCAGCCUAUCCAAAAACUAGAUUAGAAGAUGGACAAAUGGAACCGUUUCAUCGGUCCGCUGGGAAAAGAAGAGCGUCGCAUCAAAAUUCGGAACAUGAACUGGAGAAGGAACAAAUCAAUGAAUGGGCCAAUAUGACUGGCUUUUUGUGUGCUCUGGGGGGAGUGUGUUUACACGCAAAAUCCUAUUCUUCUGGUCAUUACUCCUCACUCAGUAAUACCUCAGGCUAUUCUAGUAUGUCUACGCUUACUUUAAGUUCAAUAAGUACUUUGUGUGAACUUUCAACCAGUAGAAGGUCUAAUACUAUGCAAGCCUUACAGAGUCGACAAAGCGAGCAAGAAGCGAACGUAACACAAUUUGUUGAAUUACUGCUAAGGUUAUUGGUGUGCAAUAAUGAGAAAUUCGGUCCCCAAAUACAAAAACAUGUUAAGGAAUUAAUUGGACAUGAAAUGUCACCAGCUUUGUAUCCUAUUAUUUUUGAACAAAUAAAAAUAAUAAUCGAUAAAUUCUUUGACCAAACCGGACAAGUGAUGGUUACGGAAAUAAAUACUCAAUUUAUUGAACAUAUUAUCGUGAUUUUAAAGAACAUUUUAGAUUAUUCUAAAAACGAGCAACCGUCUGAACAUUUAGGCGUCACCAGCAUAGAAGGGAUGAUGCUCCAAAUUGUACGUUAUGUUAGACAUUUGGAUAUGUCCACCCAUGCUAUGCAAAUUAAAACAAAACUGUGUCAGUUAGUAGAAGUCAUGAUGCACCGGCGUGACGAUCUAGCAUUUAGACAAGAAAUGAAAUUUAGAAAUAAACUGGUGGAGUAUCUAACCGACUGGGUUAUGGGCACAUCCCACCAAAUUUCACCGCCAUCUGGUGGUGAUCUCACUCUUAUGACUAGAGAUUUAGAUCAGGCAUGUAUGGAAGCUGUGGCCGCUCUUCUCAGGGGAUUGCCUCUGCAGCCAGAAGAAUCGGACAGAGGCGAUUUAAUGGAAGCGAAAAGUCAACUUUUCCUUAAAUAUUUCACUCUAUUUAUGAAUCUCUUAAACGACUGCGCAGACGCUUCAGAAUUAGGCGACGAACCGAGAGAAAGACUGCAUUCCGAAAAUUUAUCUAAUUUAAGAAGCGCUACAAUUCAAGCGAUGUCAAAUUUAUUGUCAGCCAAUAUCGACAGCGGACUUAUGCAUUCAAUUGACUUGGGGUAUAAUAAAGAUCUUCAAACGAGGGCCGCGUUUAUGGAAGUGCUAACGAAAAUACUGCAGCAAGGUACCGAAUUCGAUACGCUCGCUGAAACAGUACUUGCAGAUAGAUUUGAGCAGUUGGUUCAGCUAGUUACGAUGAUCAGUGAUAAAGGAGAACUGCCAAUUGCUGUUGCUUUAGCCAAUGUAGUUACCACUUCUCAAAUGGACGAAUUGGCUAGAGUAUUUGUAACACUUUUUGAUGCGAAACAUCUUCUGUCGCCAUUGCUUUGGAACAUGUUUUAUCGGGAAGUGGAAAUAUCUGACUGCAUGCAAACGUUAUUUCGCGGAAAUUCUUUGGGUAGCAAAAUAAUGGCGUUUUGCUUUAAAAUAUAUGGUGCUAGUUAUCUCCAGACUUUGUUGGAGCCUUUGAUUCAGCCACUAUUAGACAAUCCGCAUCAAAGUUUUGAAGUCGAUCCAGCUAGGUUAGACACAAACGAAGAUAUUGAAGAAAAUAGACAAAAUUUAAUCGCGUUAACCCAAAAAGUAUUCGAUGCUAUAGUUUCGUCUGCUGACAGGUUCCCUCCACAAUUAAGAUCGAUGUGUCACUGUCUUUAUCAAGUUUUAAGCAAGCGAUUUCCUCAAUUUCCGCAAAAUAAUAUCGGAGCGGUGGGAACCGUAAUAUUUUUAAGAUUUAUUAAUCCUGCUAUUGUGUCGCCACACGAGAUGGGUAUAGUUAGUGACCAAGUGCCUACAAAUAUACGAAGGGGAUUGAUGUUAAUGUCGAAAAUCCUUCAAAAUAUCGCCAAUCACGUAGAGUUCAGUAAGGAACAGCACAUGGUACCUUUCAACGAUUUUUUAAAGUCACACUUUGAAACCGGUAGAAGGUUUUUCAUAACUAUAGCAUCGGAUUGUGAGACUGUAGAUCAGACUUCGCAUUCGAUGUCAUUUAUAUCUGAUGCAAACGUACUGGCUUUGCAUAGACUUUUAUGGAACCACCAGGAAAAGAUUGGAGAUUAUUUGUCGAGUAGUCGUGAUCAUCGAUCUGUUGGUAGGAGGCCUUUUGAUAAAAUGGCCACACUGUUAGCAUAUCUGGGACCUCCAGAGCACAAACCGUUCGAUUCUCAUUUAUUAUUCACCUCAAAUCCACGAUGGAGGUCUUUGGAUAUGUCUUCAACGAAUUUUGAAGAUUUAAUGAGUAGACAUAAUAUGGACGAAAAAGAGGAAUUUAAGUCCAUAAAGUCUCUAAAUAUUUUUUACCAAGCGGGAACUAGUAAAGCGGGCUUUCCUGUAUUUUAUUACAUUGCAAGGCGUUGGAAGAUCGGUGAAACAAAUGGAGAUUUAUUAAUUUACCACGUCAUAUUGACGUUGAAACCGUUUUGUCAUUCUCCGUUCGAACUCGUAGUCGAUUUUACUCACACUUGUUCGGAUAAUAGGUUUAGGGCUGAAUAUUUGCAGAGGUGGUUUUACGUUUUACCAGAAGUAGCUUAUGAAAAUAUUCAUGCUGCCUAUAUUUACAAUUGUAACAGCUGGGUGCGGGAAUAUACAAAAUACCACGAUCGCAUGUUGGCAAGUCUAAAGGGAAAUCGUAAGUUAAUAUUUUUGGAGACGCCUAUCAGGUUAAACGAUUUUAUCGAUCCUGAUCAGCAAAAACUGCCGGGUGCAACGCUAAGCCUAGACGAAGACCUUAAAGUAUUUAACAACGCCUUAAAAUUAUCGCACAAAGAUACGAAAGUAGCAAUAAAAGUAGGCCCCACUGCUAUUCAGAUUACCUCGUCAGAAAGAACUAAAGUUCUUUCGCAUUCGGUACUACUAAAUGAUGUUUACUAUGCGUCUGAAAUUGAAGAAGUCUGUUUGGUCGAUGAUAAUCAGUUUACUCUCACCAUAGCUAAUGAAAGUGGACCUUUAAGUUUUAUUCAUAAUGAUUGUGAUAGUAUUGUACAGGCUAUUAUUCACAUCAGAAACAGAUGGGAGUUAAGCCAGCCUGAUUCAGUAACGGUACAUCAAAAAAUAAGACCCAAAGAUGUUCCGGGAACCCUUCUGAAUAUGGCGUUGUUGAAUUUGGGCUCUCACGAUCCUAAUUUGCGAACAGCAGCUUAUAAUCAACUUUGCGCUUUAACUGCAACAUUCGAUUUGAAAAUAGAAGGUCAACUCUUAGAAACUCAAGGAUUAUGUAUUCCCUCCAAUAAUACAAUUUUUAUAAAAUCCAUAUCGGAAAAAUUAGCAACGAAUGAACCUCAUUUAACAUUAGAAUUUUUAGAAGAGUGCAUUCAAGGAUUUAGAGUGUCUAGUAUAGAAUUAAAGCAUUUGUGUUUAGAGUAUAUGACCCCGUGGCUUCCAAACUUGGUGAAAUUUUGCAAACCAGCGGACGACAUUAAAAGAUAUCAAAAGGUUUCGGGAAUAUUAGAAAAACUUAUUUUACUGACGAUAAAAGAAGUGGAAAUGUAUCCAUCGAUUCAAGCAAAAAUAUGGGGAUCAAUCGGACAAGUUCCCGAAUUAAUCGACAUAGUUCUUGAUAAUUUCAUUUCCACUUCGGUUAACGAGGGCAUUGGUUCUCCUAUGGUAGAAAUAAUGGCUGACACUGCCGUCGCGCUGGCUUCUGCUAACGUACAACUAGUUGCGAAGAAAGUCAUUGGACGAUUAUGCAGGGUGAUGGAUCAAACAUGCCAAGCUCCGACUCCAAUGCUAGAACAACAUAUUAUGUGGGAAGACAUAGCUAUUCUAGCACGCUAUCUUCUUAUGUUAUCAUUUAACAAUUGUUUAGAUGUGGUGCGACAUUUGCCAUACCUUUUUCAUACCGUAACAUUCCUAGUUUGCUCUGGAUCUUUGAGCAUGAGAGCUUCGACCCAUGGCUUGGUCAUGAAUAUUAUACAUUCUUUAUGCACUUGCACAAAACCCAGAUUCUCCGAAGAAACACAAAGACUGCUUCGUUUGUCUUUGGAUGAAUUUUCACUUCCAAAAUUCUAUCUGUUGUUCGGUAUCAGUAAAGUAAAAAAUGCCGCGGUAACGGCAUUUAGAUCAGGCUACCGUCAAGCUAACGAUCCCAGAUGGUUUCUUCAAGAACGAGGCACCCCUACAACUGUGACCACCACACCAGUGGGCUGCAGUCAUGAAAGGGAGAGAUUGUCUUUAACUUCCUUGGAAGUAAUCACAGACGCUUUGUUGGAAAUUAUGGAAGCUUGCAUGAGAGAUAUACCAAAUUGCGACUGGCUUAAUAACUGGACAUCCCUUUCCAAGAGUUUUGCUUAUUGUUAUAAUCCAGCUUUGCAACCUCGUGCUUUGAUAGUGUUUGGAUGCAUUAGUAAAUCGGUAACGGACUAUGAAGUAAAACAACUACUUCAAAUUCUGGUGAAGGCGCUAGAGAGUUUUGAGGAUAUUACUUUGAUAGAAGCGGUUAUUAUGUGUUUAACGAGAUUGCAGCCGGUAUUAAGACCAGAAUCGCCCAUUCACAAAGCGUUAUUUUGGGUAGCAGUGUCAGUUUUGCAAUUGAACGAAUCGUCCCUUUACGCAGCAGGUUUAGCGUUGUUGGAGCAGAACUUACAUACUCUCGAUUCUCAGGGAAUUUUUGAUGAAACACCACUAGAACAAGUAAUGAUGCAAACUAGGGAUCCCCUAGAGCUAUAUUUUAAGCAAAUGGACCACGCGGUUGGUUUAAGUUUUAGGGCGAACUUUCAUUUUGCUCUCGUUGGACAUUUGCUCAAGGGAUAUCGUCAUCCCACCGCAACCACUGUUUCUAGAACAGUUAGGAUUUUAACUAUGCUUUUGUCUAUUGUUUCUAAACCAGCAAAAAGGGACAAGUUUGAAGUUACACCCGAUAGUGUUGCCUAUUUGACAGCCUUACUAGGAUACUCCGAAGAAGUUCGUAGUAGAUGUCAUAUUAAACACUUCCUGCCAAGGUACAUGACUGACUCGCUAUCUCAAGAGAAUUUUCUAGUUGAACCUAAUCAGGGGAAUUCCAACCAGCAGCAAGUAGCGACAUCUGCCAACAAUAUUUUUACAAGCAAUUCAGCGCGAAGGCAGAAAUCUUGCGAUUUACUGGAUCAAUCAGUUCUCGCACAAGCGCGACAAAACAAACCAUCAAGUUCGCAACACCAGGUUGAGAGAUCGAAUUCACCAGGUAAUAAAGGCUGGCGAAGUUUAGAUUUGACCCAGAGUCCGGGACUUCAGGCGAACUGCGUCCUGACCCGGACUUUGUUUCGCACCCAGAGGUCUAGUUCGGUACCCGUACAGCAGAAUUCCUCAACAAAUGUUUCAAUUAAUACAGAAAGUCCACCACCCGUGGCACCUACAAAAUCUGCACGAGCUCUCUUCAAAACUCAACGUUCAUUUUCUGUGCCAACCACUAAAGAGCAAAAAUCAAUCGAUGAUGAUGCAUCCAAGAAUCGAAGUGCGAGAGUGUCUGUGAGUAACGAGAACAAUGUGCUUCUUGAUCCGGAAGUACUUACGGAUUUCUCUAUCCAAGCGUUGGUCUUAACCACAUUGGCCACUCUCGUUAAAUACAGCACAGGAGAGGUCGAGACAAGGACGAUGUAUAAAUUUUUAGCUGAGGGCGCAACAGUAUUCCCAAGAGUAUUCCCAGUUAUCUAUAACUUGUUGGAUCAAAAUUUAAAGAAUAUCUUAACGAGCCACCACGACCUCGAAACCCUAAGUGCAGUACGAACCAUCAUUCAAACGAUGAUAACUUGCGAAGAUACUAGUCAGCAGCAAGUUCACUACUUGCAGAGUUGUGGUUUUGCCGGGCUGUGGCGUUUUGCUGGGGCUUUUCUAAGGGCCGAAAAUUCUAGAAUACUGGGAAACAUGGGCGAGCACAGUGAGCUAUUUAGAAGUUGCCUGGAGGCAAUGGUAGAGAGUUGUUUGCCCAACGAGGAAACGGAGACUGGCGAAAUUGGCGAACCAGCGCAAUUUUCCUCAUUAUUAAGCGUAAACUCGAAUAUGAGUUGUUCUAAUCCCAGUUUACCCCAGUCUCCCACUACCGAAGGGGGGAGUUUAGAUCGUGACGACGGUGGCGGAAGUGGGUCGUCCUUAGACAAAAUUGUGUCCAGCAGAUUGUGAAUGGCUAGAUGUAAUUCAUCUAACGAGGUAAAAUUGUUAGAAAAAAUUUUGCCAUUUUGCUGUAAAUUGUGUUCAUUUAUUUUUGUGAAUUAAUACGAAGACUGCGAAUGUUUCUUUUAUUCUUAGACCUAAGUUAGUAUGCUUUGUGGAUGGCAAGUCGUUUUCUAACAAUUUGUUAUUAUAUUCUAAACUAAAGGAUAUGUGAAACCAAAAAUGUACAAAUUUAUUACUAUCAUUAAAUUUCAUAAUUUUUGCAAACCGUUUAAUUUGUACGACAGUAUUUUUUAUUCAGUCAUAUUUUUCAUCCAGUAUAGGUGAUCGAGUGCGUUAUGAUUUCAUUUCGAUUGAGAUACGGUCAGGCCUUCAAAAUUUAGCGCAUUUUCGGAAAACUUGCGGCGCUGAAUAUAUUUGAAAUGAUUCCAGCACAAGCCUUAUUCAUUGUUACGGGUGUAGGUCAUAUAUUAGCUGUUGAUUCAAUACAUUUUUCACCUUCUAAGUACUUCACCCCCCACCGCAUUUAUUUUUUCGGUUUUUCAAACCAUUUUAGAUUGCCAGUCAAAAGUAUUCAGCGCCGAAUAAGGACCUGUUGUUGUCAAAUUCUUAGAAGUUAGAAUUAUUUAAAAUUAUAUUGGUAGAUAGAAAAAGUGCAAGAUCUUAUGGGAUGCCCUUGUUUUUUACAAGUGUGUGUUGUUGGAAAGUUAAGUUACUCUGAGUGUUUUAGACAUUCUUAAAAUGAAGCAUGUAACUCAUAAGACUUUUAACUCAGGAUAAUUUCCCGUGUGUCUUGGUUCCAUUUUAAUGUUUUCCCUUUUUUUUUGUACAUUCAUCAAUAUCCCCAAAUUUCAUUUUUUUACUUUUGCUCCGAAUGUUGUUCCGGUAUUUCGAAAAAUUAAAAUUUAUUUUCAUUUUUUUUU